UUUUUUUUUUUUUUUAAUCUGAAAGUGGCGACUCCGGCUCAAAGCUACACCCGCCUGCGCGCUCCCAUUCCCGGCAUGGAGGCAGCACAUCCUCCCGGUGGGUCCCCCGUGUAAGCCGCAAUGUAGUUCUUAUCAAAGCCGCCUUGUCUUGUUGUGACAGCUCUGAUAUUGUUUAUUGAGGUGGAUGUCAGCCUUAAUUAGCAAUCGAUACGGGGGUGGGUGGGGGAUAAAGAGGAGCGCGCCUGUGACGUCACCGACCAUUACCGCCUCUCAUUGGGUCUCAUAUCCCCCACAAGCCCGGGCUAAUUACCGGGGAGGUUCAUGUGGAUAAAGUGGAGCUCAUCUCUGCCUUGCACACAUCAUGCCGCCACACUCGCGUCCCUUUUAAACUAAAAUAUAUAUAUAUAUAAUCAUAACAAUCCCCCCCGCCCCUUCACCAACAUUACCGGCUCUCCAGACGUCGUUGCCAUCCUCUCUCGCCAGCGGGAUGAUGGACAGCCGGAUACUGGAGGCGCCUCACGCCCAGUUCGGAGGCUCCAUGGUGGGCUUCCCGUACCACCUGAGCCACCACCACGUCUACGAGCUGGCGACCGGGCACCAGCUGCAGUCCGCCGCCGCCAUGCCCUUCUCCAUAGACGGAUUACUCAAUGGGUCGUGCGCGGCGUCGGUCGGCGGCUCCAACGCGCUGCUGGCGUCUGGCUGCGGGAUGAACGGAGACAAUCAGCCGUACAAACUGACAGACUCGGGGGACCUUGACAAGGAGAGUCCCGGCUGCAAGAGGCGAAGGACGCGCACCAAUUUCACCGGCUGGCAGCUGGAGGAGCUGGAGAAGGCUUUCAACGAGAGCCACUACCCGGACGUGUUCAUGAGGGAGGCUCUGGCCCUCAGACUGGACCUGAUCGAGUCCAGAGUGCAGGUCUGGUUCCAGAACCGUCGGGCCAAGUGGAGGAAGAAGGAGAACACCAAGAAAGGUCCGGGCCGACCCGCGCACAACGCGCACCCGACCACCUGCAGCGGGGAGCCCAUGGACCCGGAGGAGAUCGCCCGGAGAGAACUGGACCGGCUGGAGAAGAAGAAGCGGAAGCAGGAGCGCCGCCUCCUCAAGGCCCAGAACAAGCACCUGCACGGGGAUCUAUUUCACACCCCGGGAUCGGACAGCGACAGCGGCAUGUCUCACGUCACCGACAGCGACCACACCAGCUCGGCCUCGCAUUUGGACCUGCCGUCCCACUCGCUGCACACCCCGGCCCACAACCAAAGACACUUGGACCAGGACGCCUGCGGCUCCGAGCUGGACUCGGCGGACGCCAGCCACCGCCCGAGCCCCGGUGCCAACCGGACAUCCGGGCUGUCGAAACCCAACCCGUUCAGCGUGGAGAGCCUCCUCUCGGACUCCGGACCCAGACGCAACACCGCGGCCUUACCCGCCUCCCGAGGGCCCCUCAUCGGGAAGGGACACUUCCUGCUCUACCCCAUCACGCAGCCGCUUGGAUUCAUAGUCCCGCAGACCGCCUUAAAAACGACUUCCAACCCGGACAGCGGCUCCGAGAGCCCGGCGGAGAGGAACCGCGGCGGCGUGCAGUCAUGCGACGCGUCGUCGGGGCGCAGGAGCGCCUCGCCCGGGGACACGGACCGGGAUCGGGCGGGGUCAGGCUCCGCCAGUCCUCAGACUUUGGCCCACGAACACGACGCACAAGGCGGCAGGGGCCAUCUAGAGGAGAGUCCCUCUUCGGAACCUCAGCCGAAUUCUCAUGAAAAAAACGGAAUAAACCUAAGAGGAACACCUUAGGCCAUUUUAGGUCCUCCUCUCCCUUUAAGUGUCUAGCUUUUAAAAAUGUGUCACAAACACAAGAGCUGUAAAAAAAAAACACACAAAAAAACAAUUAUACUAUUUAUAUACUUAUGUAAGGAUUUUUUCGUAAAUAAAUAUAUUGUAUACAAUCAACACAAAGCGUGUGCGACCUUAUAUGGACUUCCGGCUAGAGCCAGCCAAUCACAGGAGAGGAAAUCUCAUGCUGUGUUUUUUUGUAUUCUGCCUUUAAAAAAAAAUGCAUUCAUCUACAUCAGGGGUGUCAAACUCAUUUUAGAUCGGGGGCCACAUGGAGAAAAAUCUACUCCCAAGUGGUAAAAUAACUUAAAAAUAAAGACAACUUCAGAUUGUUACCCAAAUAUAGAAAAACCUAAAAAAAAAAAUUGACCUUUCAGAUGUUGUUGUAGGAGGCAUUUGAUGCAGAA